GGCCGGCUCCGACGGGACGGGCGGCAUUCUGGACAGACGCGGCGGCGGCGCUCGGACUUGGCAGUGAGAUCUCAGAAGCAGCGGUAGCGGCAGCAGCUCAGGAAAAAGCCUUCCGAGGACAUGUGGACUGGCCACAUGAUUGGAACUAGAACCUGCCACUUUCUUUUGCUUUGGUUUGUCCUGACAAGUGUAUGGCAAUCUACUGGCGCUCAAGAGAACAUCCCCUGGGAAAUUCAGCGUUACGAUGGCUGGUACAACAACCUCGUGUAUCACAGACACAACUCAGCAGGGUCGUGGCUGUCCCGGCUGCUCCCUGCUAAUUACGCAGACGGCGUGUACCAGGCCCCACAGGAGCCAAAUGUCCCCAAUGCACGCAGACUCAGCGAUUUGGUGGCACGUGGGAAGUCAGGAUUACCCUCUUGGGAGAACAGAACUGUUCUAGGUGUCUUCUUUGGUUUCCAUGUGCUCUCAGAGAUCUUGGAGGCCGACAAGCCUGGCUGCCCCACUGAGUUCCUAAACCUGGCAAUCCCUCAAGGAGAUCACAUAUUUGAUUCUGCAGAGUCGGGUGAUGUUGUCCUGCCGUUCCAGCGCAUGCAAUGGGCUCCGGGAACAGGACAAAGCCCCAACAGCCCCCGGGAGCAGGUAAAUGGGGUGACGGGGUGGCUGGAUGGGAGUGCCAUCUAUGGCUCAUCCCAUUCCUGGAGUGAUUCUCUGAGGAGUUUCUCACGAGGGAUGCUGCUUUCCGGAACAGACAAAGGCUUUCCGAAGCAAACAAAGGCAAACAGCUUAAUGUGGAAGGCUCUGGAUCCAUCCACGGGACAAGGUGGACCACAGAGGAUCUUUGACUUUGGAAACGCUAAAGGAAAUGCCAACCUGUUCCUGCAAGCAACAAGUAUUGUCUGGUUUCGCUACCACAACUACUUGGCAGAAAAGCUUGCCCAAGAGAAGCCUGGAUGGUCAGAUGAAGAUCUAUUCCAACAUGUACGCAAAAAGGUCAUUGCCGUUUAUCAGAACAUUGUGCUCUAUGAAUGGCUGCCAGCCUUUGUGGGAAAUAACGGCAUCACAACUUACCAAGGUUACAAGCAACAUGUGGAUGCUAGGAUCUCGCCUGAGUUUGUAGUGGUUUCAGCGCUCUUCCUCGGCACCAUGGUCCCUGCUGGGGUGUACAUGAGGAACAAAAGUUGUGAUUGCAGUAACACAAAUUGUGGUUUCCGAAAGGUGACUAGCACAGACGGCAGCUUGUCUCCAGCACUCCGGCUGUGCAACAGUUACUGGAACAGAGAGAAUCCCAAUCUCCAAAAUGCUGAGGAUGUGGAUGAUCUGCUCCUGGGAAUGGCUUCUCAAAUUGCUGAGGAGGAAGACAACAUUGUGGUUGAUGAUCUCCAAGAUUACUGGUAUGGGACACUGAAAUACUCCCGCAUGGACUUUGUAGCCAGCUGGAUUCUCCGUGGGCGCGACCUUGGAUUAUCUACCUAUAAUAAAACAAGGGAGUUCUUCAACCUCCCCCCUGGCGAAGACUGGCUGGACAUCUCCCAGAAUGAAACGCUUGUAAACAUGUACAACAAUGACAUAGGCCACGUGGAAUUGCUGCUUGGGGGCCUGUUGGAACCAAAUGGAACUCUUUUCCGUGCCAUCAUUGAGGACCAGUUUCUUCGCUUACGGGAUGGAGACCGGUUCUGGUUUGAAAACGACAAGAAUGGGUUAUUCUCUUCUGACGAGAUAGAGGACAUAAAAAAUAUCAGUUUCCGUGACGUCCUUGAUAAUGUCACCUAUGCAGAUUCAACAAACAUGCAGAACAAUGUGUUUCUCUGGCAUGAUGGUGAUCCAUGCCCUCAGCCCCGGCAAGUGACUGCAGAACAGCUACCUCCUUGUGUCCCCCUAACCAUGCUGGAUUACUUCCAAGGGAGUACACCUGGAUUUGUGAUUCUCAUCAUUGCUCUCUGUUGCUUCCCUCUAGUGAGUCUGUUUAUCGCCUGGAUUGUUGCUGCCUUCCGGAGGAGAGAUUUCAACAAACUGCAGAAGAAGCAAAGCCCCUGUGUACGGGCAGAAGUAUCCGUAGAGGGAAUCCAAGCUUUCGAAUGGCAAGACCCCAAGACUGCCAGCUCUCUGGUUUACCUUCAGCUGCACGAAGACAAAGUGAUCAAAGUUCUUGACGGCAAGUUGGCUGUGCUCCGAAGUAUCUGUCUGAAAAGCCAGCAGCAGGUGGAGACAGUCUUGUCCAACAACAAGGGCAACAAAACUUUGCUCUUGAAGAUCCCCAAAGAAUAUGACCUGGUGUUGCAGUUUAAUGGGGAGAUGGAGUGCAAGGACUUCCUUGGGCAUCUGAAAGCCUAUAUGGAAAGAAACAGGUUGUCUCUCCAGAUAUCUGAGAUGAAGGAACAGCAGCUGCUGAAGAAGGCAAUUACCAAGGAGCAGAGAAAGGACAUCCUAGAUAUUUUCUUCAGGCAUAUAUUUGCCCAGGUUCUAGACAUUGACAGAUUAGAUGCCGGAGAGCUCAGCUUGGAAACAUCUCAGAAAGCCAAGGAAGCACUGAAGUGUGAGCUGAGCAGGACAGAGUUUGCAGACGCACUGGGGCUCAAGCCCCAGUCUGUAUUUGUGGACUCCAUGUUCUCCCUCGCUGACAAAGAUGGCAAUGGAUAUCUCUCCUUCCGGGAGUUCCUGGACAUUUUGGUGGUCUUUAUGAAAGGAUCAUCCCAAGAGAAGUCGAAACUGAUGUUCACAAUGUAUGACAUAGAUGGAGAUGGCUUUCUUUCCAAGGAAGAAUUCUUCAGGAUGCUGAGGUCUUUCAUUGAGAUCUCCAAUAACUGUCUCUCUCGCGAUCAGACCGAGCAGGUGGUUGAGUCCUUGUUUAAGGAGUCGGGGUUCCAAGAUAAGGAGGAGCUCACUUGGGAAGAUUUUCACUACAUGCUGCGAGACCAUGACAAUGAGCUCCGCUUCACUCACCUCUGCGUUAAAGGAGUUCCUGACAGAUUCAGACAAAAUGUGAAUGAUCGAGUCUCCUUCAUCCACAAGAUCAGAGAUAACAGCUUCCCUGUGAAUCAGGAGCAGCCCCUGAAUCUGGGUGGAGCUGUAUUAUCUGAGGAGAUGCCAGGGCAAGACCUGCGAAGGCGGGCAGCCAAAAAGUUGUCCUUUCAUCAGCCACAUCUCUACACUGAGGCACGGAGGGAGAAGUACCACAGGAGCAAAGUCCAUCAGAAGGUCCAACAGUUUAAGCACUUCAUUGAGAACUACCGUCGCCACAUCAUCUGCGUAGUGAUAUUCUCAGCUAUCACGGCUGGGGUCUUUGUGGAGAGGGCAUACUAUUAUGGAUUUGCAUCGCCGCCCACAGGAAUUGCAGAUACUACCUUUGUUGGCAUCCUCAUCUCUCGGGGCGCAGGAGCCAGCAUUUCCUUCCUGUACUCGUUUAUCCUGCUCACCAUGUGUCGAAACCUCAUCACUUUUCUGCGGGAGACCUUUUUCAAUCGCUACAUCCCUUUUGAUUCUGCUGUGGACUUCCACCGUUGGAUUGCAACCGGAGCCCUAAUCUUUUCAGUUCUACAUACUUUGGGCCAUAUUGUGAAUGUCUACAUCUUCUCAGUCACCCCCCUCAGCAUCCUGUCCUGUCUCUUUUCCAACGUCUUUAUGAAUGAUGGGUCACAGUUUCCUCCCAAAUAUUACUGGUGGUUUUUUGAGACUGUCCCAGGCAUGACUGGCGUGCUGCUGCUCGUCAUCCUUGCCAUCAUGUAUGUCUUUGCAACUCACCAUUUCCGGCGAAUCAGCUUCCAGGGGUUCUGGAUCACUCAUCAUCUCUAUGUGGCUCUCUACAUCCUGGUUAUCAUCCAUGGAAGCUAUGCUCUGAUCCAGCAGCCUCGCUUCCACAUUUAUUUCAUUGUCCCAGCCCUCUUCUAUGGAGCAGACAAACUCAUCAGCCUAAGCAGGAAGAAGGUGGAAAUCGCUGUGGUGAAGGCUGAACUUCUCCCAUCAGGUGUCACUCACCUCGAGUUCCAGAGGCCCCAGGACUUUGACUACAGGUCUGGGCAAUGGGUGAGGAUUGCCUGUCUCUCUCUGGGGACCACUGAGUACCAUCCCUUCACCCUGACCUCUGCCCCCCAUGAGGAAACGCUGAGCCUCCACAUCCGAGCAGCUGGUCCCUGGACAACUAGACUGCGUGAGCUUUACUCCCCAGAAAGCAUAGCAGAACUGGGCAAAUAUCCCAAGCUGUAUCUAGAUGGGCCUUUUGGAGAGGGGCACCAGGAAUGGAACAAGUUUGAAGUGUCAGUGCUUGUGGGAGGAGGCAUCGGGGUCACACCCUUUGCUGCUAUCCUCAAAGAUCUCAUCUUCAAGUCAUCGGUUGGGUCCAGGAUCCUCUGCAAGAAGAUCUAUUUCAUUUGGGUGACGCGGACUCAGCGGCAGUUUGAGUGGAUGGCUGACAUCAUCCGCGAAGUGGAGGAGAACGAUCAGCGCGAUCUUGUCUCCGUGCACAUCUAUAUCACACAGCUAGCUGAGAAGUUUGACUUGCGUACCACUAUGCUGUACAUCUGCGAACGGCACUUCCAGAAGGUCCUCAACAAGAGCUUGUUUACAGGCCUGCGCUCCAUCACCCACUUUGGGCGACCACCGUUCGUCCCCUUCUUCUGCUCACUGCAAGAGGUCCAUCCUGAGGUGAGGAAGAUCGGUGUGUUCAGCUGUGGCCCUCCAGGCAUGACGGAGAAUGUGGAGAAAGCAUGUCAGAAGAUCAACAAGCGGGAUCAAACCUACUUUGUGCAUCACUAUGAGAACUUUUAAUUAUUUGCAGUCUCUGCUGUGCUUCCAGAGUUGAAUGUCUACUGCACUCUUCAUCAUGAUGGGUCAUAAUUGAUUCUUACUUCUAGCACCAUGUGGACAGCUGUACCUUUUGUUCCUGCCAAGAAUCUUAUUCCUGCGAAGUUAUUGAUCCAUGCCUGGGCUCUUAUGGACUGGAACGUGGCUCUAGCCCUCGGAUCACUGCAAGAUUCAAAUCUACAACUCCUAGAAGAAUAGCCUUGUUGUUUGUUUGCAGAGGAAAGCUAUAUGACAUUCCAUAUGACAAUGGAGCACAAGUGCAAAUAUAAACCAGUUUUAAGCUGGUUUCUUCUUUCAAAGAACCCUGGGUAUUACAGCUUUAUGAGGGUGUUGACAUUGUCAUUUGGAAAAUAUGGCAACAAUGAUGAAUUGGUGUCCUGUGCCCUGUACAAUGGCUGGUGCAAAAGGCAGGAGUCACAACACAUUCAGACAUUUUUAAUGGACCAAAGGGAUUUUGAACACUGACUUUAGGAGAGUUUGUUUGGUAGAUUGUUGCUUCAGAGACUGGUUAAAUCUUGAUUAUUCCCCCCAUUGAGCUGAUCAAUUGUAUUUAGUUUCAAUUGUAUGUUUGUACAUUGAUAUUAUAUCAAAGGUAG